ACAAAGUCUUUGUGUAGAGUUUCGCCAUAUUCUGAUUGACUAGUCAAUAUACGUAACACGUUUUGGUAAAAGCACAUAACCGUCCGCAGUGCCAAGAUUGUCUUUCCAUAAAUCAAAAACCAAGUGUUCAUCGACAUCGAACAUUUCUCUGAUCAUGAAACAAGCAGAACCUAGCGCACCAUCGUUAGAAUCUGCUAACCCGGAUCCUGGAUCGGCAGCGCAUGCUAACCCCACCGUCCCGAUCAUCAGCCCUCACUUCUGCAGUCCUAACCCUGUGGUUAUUGAAAUAGUCAGAAAAGUUCUAACAAUAACAGGUGACAAAUUUGUAGUCACUGAUGUCAAUGGUAACAUGAUUUUUAAAGUUAAAGAAGCUUAUUUCAGCUUUCAUGAUCACCGAGUCUUGCUUGAUGCUGCCGGACAUCCUAUUAUCACUCUAAGAAGGAAGUUCAACACUGCACAUGAAAGAUGGCAAGUUUUCAGGGGGGAUAGCAAAGACUCAAGGGAUCUGAUUUUCAGUGCUAAGAGAUCUUCAAUGUUCCAAUUGAAGGCCAAGUUGGAUGUUUUCUUAGCACAAAACAUAACAGAGAAUGUACCUGACUUCAAGGUCAAAGGAAAUUGGUCUGAACGAUCUUGUGUCGUGCAUGCUGGGGACUCCUCAACCAUGCUUGCCCAAAUGCAUAAGAAGCAUACAGUUACACCCCUAUCAUUUGGCAAGGACAAUUUCACAGUGACAGUAUAUUCGGGGAUUGACUACGCAUUCAUUGUCGCGCUUAUUGCAAUUUUUUGUGAGGUUAACACUCCUCGAGCUGGGGCUCAAGCGUCGGGUGAUUGAUUAGCUUGGAUCUGCUUCCUACGUUAAUUAGGAAAUGAUGCAUCUUUGUCCUUCGGCUUUGUGCUUUGUUUGGGCUUUUGCCUUGCGUUUUUUUUUGACAAGCUAGGUAUUUCAUUAA